AAAACCCUAGCUUCCCUUUCAUUUUCCCUCCGAGCUCACUCUGCCACCGCCGCUAGGCGCUAUUCCAGCAUCCAUGGUGCUCGGCCUCUACCCCUUCGCCGAUAUCGCCGCCGACGGUGCUCCCCGCCUCGACGCAGCAGCCGGGGAGGAGCUCGUCCGCGUCGAGCGCGCCGCUGCGCUCGCCCUCGGCCCCCGCGCGCCGGAGCCACCGGGGAGCCUCUUCCUCACAACUAGGAGAGUGAUAUGGGUCGGUGAGGGCGGCAUGGGCUAUGCCGUGGACUUCAUCGCCGUCUCGCUCCACGCCGUGUCGCGCGACCCUGAGGCGUACCCAUCCCCUUGCAUCUACACGCAGAUUGAGACAGAAGCUGGCUCCGAUGAGGAGUCUGAUGAAUCAGAUUCUGAAGUAAAUGGAGAAAUACAGCUCUCAAAAGUCACUGAGAUGCGCAUCAUACCAUCGGAUCCUGAUCAAUUGGACAGACUCUUUGAAGCAUUCUCCCAUUGUGCUGAGUUGAACCCUGAUCCUAAUUCCGAGAGUGACGAAGAGAAUGGCUGGGUUCAUGGUGAUGAAGGUGAUGAAGAUAUGACGGAUGGAAGCGAUGCCGAGUUUUCAGAUGUCAACCCAAUAGGUCAAACUGAUGACCGCGACAUUACUCAUGCUGUAGUUGAGCUCCAGAUCAACGAUCAACGUUUUCAGGAUGCAGAGGAAGCAGACGAGGAGAGCCACAGAAACGGGCAUUAGAAAUCAUCUUAUUACCUCUCAAGGGAACCAUGUAAUUGGUUCAUUGUACAUCACCGUUCCCCUGAUGCAGCAUGGCAUGCCAUAGUAUUUUCACUUCUUUUUUACCAUUCUCUUUCUUGUGGGCCAGCUUGUAAACAUGCAUCGAUGGCAACAUAUUUGUGAAAAGGUCUUGCUACUGGUCAAGAAACAUUUUAGUUGUAGUCUUGUAGAGCAUGCUGAAGAUGAUAGAAUGGAGACGAAAGAGCUACUUUCGUUUGUUGUACGUGUGGUGUUCCGUGGUACAUGCAUGAUCAUCUAGGUAGUGUUUGGUUGGAUGAAUAGAUUCUAUCCUGUAUGUGUUGUUCAAGCUGAUCGAAUGGUCCUGGAUGGUUUGAUUCAAA